AUGGAUCCUCAGUUGUUGUGCUGUGAGUUGGACCGGCCGGCCGUCCGGAGGGCCUACCGGGACGCCAACCUGUUGAAUGACCGGGUGCUGAGCGCUCUGCUGCGGGCUGAGGACAAGUACCUGCCCGCUGCCAACUACUUCAAAUGCGUCCAGAGAGAGAUCGCUCCGUACAUGAGGAGGAUAGUGGCCACCUGGAUGCUGGAGGUGUGUGAGGAGCAGAAAUGUGAGGAGGAGGUUUUCCCUCUGGCUAUGAACUACAUGGACCGCUUCCUGUCAGUGGAACCCACCAAGAAGAGCCACCUGCAGUUACUGGGAGCUGCCUGCAUGUUCCUGGCAUCCAAACUGAAGGAAACGAUCCCUCUCACUGCAGAGAAACUGUGCAUCUACACCGACAACUCCAUCGCACCUACUCAGCUGCUGCAAAUGGAGCUGCUGGUUUUGAACAAGCUGAAGUGGGACCUGGCUUCAGUGACCCCUCUCGACUUCAUUGACCACUUCCUGUCUCAGCUGCCUGUCAGGAGAGACAACCGGCCCAUACUCAGGAAGCACGCUCAGACCUUUGUGGCUCUGUGUGCCACAGAUGUAAAAUUUAUCGCCAGCCCUCCAUCUAUGGUAGCAGCAGGCAGCAUGGUGGCAGCAGUGGAGGGCCUACAGAUGAGAAUGGUGGGCAAUGCCACGAUGUCUCAGAAACUGACUGAACAGCUGGCACAGACCAUCAGGAGUGACCCGGACUGUCUCCGGGCGUGUCAGGAGCAAAUCGAGUCGCUGCUUGAAACCAGUCUCAGACAGGCACAGCAACCGCAACACUCGGCUGCUACCAUGGAAACUAAGAACAUCAGUGAGGAGCAGGACCUCUCAACUACACCCACAGAUGUCCGGGACAUAAACAUCUGAUGAGUGCUGCCAGUCAUGCUGCUGGAUAGAAAAGAGAAGCAGGUUGAACUGAUGGAAGUGGAUGGUCAUCUUUUUGACAAACACAAAAACACACACGUGGCUAAGUUUCCCAUGAUGUGGUGUGUAUUUUGGGACGUUCACAAGAAACUGGACUCAACGGCGUAUCGGAACUGUUCAUAUGAAGUCCAGUAUACACUGUGGCGGGGACCAGAAGGAGAUGCGGACACCAUCACGUCCAGAACAUUGACGACCGUAAUACUGGAAUUCAGCUAAUGCUGAAGGAAUGGCUGAGAGAGUAAUGUCUGUUAAAGUGUGGGUAACGGCUAAGAACCCACCAAAGGGUUGUUUCAAGGCCCGUCUGUACCCACGCCUCCUCUCACAUUCAAACUGUGUAGCCUCAGAGACAGAGACUAAUUGGUGCGUUUAGACGUUCCUGGGCCUGUAUUUAUCAAAAGUUUGAUUUACACAAGAAGGUAGAAGAGUCAUUUUCUGAAAGUAAACUAUAAGAGAUUUAUCAAGCAACCCAUUUCUACUGACGGUGAAGUGUUAGAGAAGCUCUUUAGUGAUCAAAUGGAAACACAACGUGGUGUUACAUCCUAUUAAAUGUGCAUUUGGAGAUUUACUAGGGUGCGGCAGCGGGAAACAAGCUCAUUCUGUAUUAUACGUUUUCCUUCACAUUCCAUGUGAUAUAUAUUACCUAUACUGCAUUAUACAGUCAUUUUAAAACAUGUCUUUUGAAGGUGUGUGUCCUUGGCCAAUUUAAGAGACCUGUCUUUAUUU